UAGACACAGGCCUCACUGGACUACGGAAGCUGUGACCUGGGAAAAAUAAUGGUGUUCAGAAGGAACUGCAGAGGGCCCAGAAAGCCUAAGAAGCCAGGAAAGGGAGGCAGGGGCUGAGGUGGCUUCUCUUCCACCUGGGGCACAGGCAGAACCGGGAUGCAGUCUUCAUUUGCUCUGGGUGGCUUCCUUGGGAGUGGCCUGGGGAAGCCGGUGAGGGCCCCUGGAUGGGAGAGAGGGAAAGAGAAAGGAGUGGAGCUUCAAACUGGCAGCUUUUCCACUCUAGAACCUAGGCAGGUCUCAGCUUGACUGGCCCUGCCUGGCAGAGCCACCUGCGCUGUAGGAGUGUUUGCCUGCCCGGCCCAGGUUUUAGGGAAGAUCCUAAGUAUGAGAGAUGAGUAGGGAUGGAGCCAACAUUUGGAAAGAAGUAACCACUUAAGCGUACGGAGGUGAACCUGGGAGAGUGUGGUGGACAUUCAGAACUCCAGACCAAGGAAAGAGGCCCAGAGAGGAGCUGAGGCAGUGAGAUGGCUGACUGCUAUACAGAGCUGGAGAAGGCAGUUGUUGUCCUGGUGGAAAACUUUUAUAAAUAUGUAUCCAAGCACAGCCUGGUCAAAAACAAGAUCAGCAAGUCCAGCUUCCGAAAGAUGCUCCAGAGAGAGUUGAACCACAUGCUGACGGACACAGGGAACCGAAAGGCAGCUGACAAGCUCAUCCAGAACCUGGAUGCCAACCACGACGGGCGCAUCUGCUUUGACGAAUACUGGACCAUGAUUGGUGGAAUCACCAGCCCCAUGGCCAACCUCAUCCGCCAACAGGAGUGCCAGCAGGAGAGCCAGCAGGAGUGCCAGCAGGAGAGCCAGCAGGAGAGCCAGCAGGAGAGCCAGCAGGGCAGCAGCUAGAGGCCCCUCGUGGGCCCCUUUUCAUGUCCUGACCCAUGUCCUGCCAGUGUUCUUUCCAUGCUUUAAGUUGACUCUUUCUUCCUCCCUUCUCCCUCCAGACCUGUUCCUACCCUUGCUGAACAGCACAAGAUGGGUGGGUCGGGGGCUAUCAAGGCCACUGUGGUAGUGCUUCCCUGAGCAUUCAAUCCCUGGAUCCUGUAGGCCCUGGGAGGGGGUCCCCUUUGUGAAAUAUCAAUGCUGUUUGGGGCCCUCCCCCCAAGACUUCUCUCACUUGUUGAGUCUGUGUGCUCUCGCAAUGUUCCUGUCUAAUUCUUGACUGAUUCUGGGUCUGUCCUGACCUCUAGAGGUGAGCUUGCUGCUUGAGGUCUCCCAGCUCCUGACUGUGGCAGCUGUGGUAGUGGCAGUACCAGAAUUAGCCGCUUCUUUUCCUCCCAACCUCUUAGCCGGGUAGAGAGGCAUUCCCAGGGGCUCCUGUCCAGCUGUCUCUGUCUGGGAAUGAUCUAACCUGGGUUGAGCCUCCUCUCUGCUCUGCCACCGAAAUAAACGUUGAAUUUGGAGUUUGUAA